AUGGACGCUUGCAGACCUUCUUCCUCUCUCCCCCUGUAUCUCCUCUUCAGCUUCAGCUUCACCUUCAUGGCCGCUUUGGGACUCUCCGACGACACCGAUGCCAUCUCCUCCACCUGCAACCACACACUCUACUUCGACGUGUGCAUGUCCACGCUCACGUCCCGCCCAAGCAGCCGCCGCGCCGACGUGUACGGCCUCGCCGCCAUCUCCCUCGACGUCGGCAUCACGCAUGCCAAGGCGACCAUAUCGUUCGCCAAGAGCUUGAGCAAGCAGAAGGGCUUCGCCGGCGGCACGUACGCGUCCGUGUGCAUCGCGGAUUGCUUGGAGGAGUACAAGGAGGCGGUGCAGAGCCUCCACGACUCCACCGGUGCUCUUCGGAGGGGGUCUUACGACACGGUCAACGCGCUGGUGUCGGGAGCCAUGACGAACUCCGACGCGUGCGAGAGCGCGUUCGGGGAGAAGCCGGGCCUGCAGUCGCCAUUGACGGAGAGGAACGACUACUUCUUCAAGCUCUGCAGCAACUCCAUUGCCAUCACCAACCUCCUUGCUUGA